CGGGACCCUGGCGGCCUUCGGCGACUUCAACUCGGACAAGCAGACGGACCUGUUCGUGCUGCGCGGCGGAAAUGAGUUGGUGAUCUUUUUGGCUGACCAGAAGGAACCCUACUUUAAGCCCCGUGUUAAGCUACCAAUGAAAUCUCUUGGUGUUACCAUAACCAGUGUAGUUCCUGGAGAUUAUGAUGGAGAUUCCCAAAUGGAUGUCCUUCUCACGACCCAGGCCCCAAGUCAUGGCAAAGAUGAACUUUCAGUGUUUAUUUUCUGGGGACACAACCAAACAUUAGAUCUUAACCAUAAAACUAUGUUAAAUAAGACUUUUCACGAUGAGCCUUUAGUAAUGGACUUUAAUGGAGACUUGAUUCCUGAUGUGUUUGGUGUGACGAGUGACUCGAGUAAGCCGCAGAUCCUGCUAGGCGGGAACUUGUCAUGGCAUCCGGCAUUGGAAACUCAAAGUAAAAUGUAUAUACCCCACUCUCAUGCCUUUAUUGAUUUAAAUAAUGACUUCACUGCUGAUUUGUUCCUUACUACGUCACCAAAUACCAAAACCAUUCAGUUUGAGACGUGGGUAAAUAAGGAUGGGAACUUCUCUAAAGUUGGAAAAAGCAAGGAAAUGCCCAGUGGUGCCAAAGUUGUUGGGCAGUCCGUGUUUGCAGAUUUUGAUGGGGAUGGACAAAGUGAACAUUUAUUACCAGUCUGUGAAGAUGAAACAUGUCAAAGAAGUGCCAUCUACCUAACCAAGCUGGGACUGGACCAGUGGAUUCCAGUCUUGCAAGACUUCAGAAAUAAAGACACAGUCUGGGGCUUUGUACCAUAUCAAAAUGACAAAUCUUCAACAGAAAUUUCAUUUCCAAUUACACUUCACAUUGGAGAUUACAAUAUGGAUGGCUACCCAGAUGCACUUGCUAUACUGAAGAACACUUCUGGAAGCAAUCAACAAGCAUUUUUACUAGAAAAUGUCCCGUGCAACAACAUCAGCUGCAAGAGCGUGCGGCGCAUGUUCAAGGUGUUCUGGGAGCUCUCGGAUCUCAAUCAGAUCAAGGAUGCCGUGGUAGCAACCUUCUUUGACAUCUAUGAGGAUGGGAUCUUGGAUAUCAUUGUGCUAAGCAAAGGCUACUCCAACAAGGACUUUGCUAUCCAUACCUUGAAAAAUAACUUCGAAGCAGAUGCCUAUUUUGUUAAAGUUAUUGUUCUCAGCGGCCUCUGUUCUAAUGACUGUCCUCGGAAAAUAACACCCUUUGGAGUUAAUCAGCCUGGUCCUUACAUCAUGUACACCACUGUAGAUGCAAAUGGGUACCUGAAAAAUGGAUCAGCUGGCCAGCUCAGCCAGUCAGCACACUACGCUCUGCAGCUGCCCUACAACGUGCUGGGCUUGGGCCGCAGCGCCAACUUCCUCGACCACUUGUACGUUGGCAUCCCUCGGCCCUUAGGAGAAAAGUCCAUAAGGAAACAAGAAUGGACAGCUAUCAUACCAAACUCCCAGCUUAUAGUCAUUCCCUAUCCUCAUAAUGUUCCUCGAAGCUGGAGUGCCAAGCUGUAUUUGACCCCAAGUAACAUUGUACUGCUAACAGCUAUAGCCUUAAUUGGUGUCUGUGUUUUCAUCCUGGCAAUAAUUGGCAUAUUACACUGGCAAGAAAAGAAAGCAGAUGACAGAGAGAAGCGACAGGAGGCUCAUCGGUUCCAUUUUGAUGCUAUGUGACAUGCCUUAAUAUUUAUGAAGGAGCUGCUACUCAUUUGCUUAAGUGAAAGACUAAAUUCUGAUUUUUAAAGUUAUUACCAUGAAAGUACUGUUGGUGUGUUAUUUGUAAAUGUUGCAUUAUCUGGUAUUUAUUUGGAAAGUAUUAAAAUUAGACCUGAAUGUCUCACAAGGCCUUUCAGUUAAGAGACUGUGUAUAAUAGCAUUUGGCCUUUAUUUAACAGACCUGUACAUUUAUUUUUUCUUAGUAAAGGGAUCAAAUUGCAUGUACCGUUGCUUAUGUACCAAUUCUUUAGUAAUAUUUGAUAAAAAGAAAAGUGUGUAAAUGAAGUGUAGCAUUUCAGCGAGCAGAAUACCUUGUAUCACUUGAUUUGGUCCUGUCCUUUAUUCAUUCCUGCAAAACAACCUGGUUUUUGAAAAUUAAACUUGUGAAAUUUCUCAGA